AUGGCACCGCUGGCCCGCUCCCUCUCCUUCCUCCUGUUGUGCCUGGCUUUUGCAACCGCCAGAGCCUCCUUCACGCCGUUCCGAGAUAACAAAUGCACGAGCGAGAUCACGGUGCUCAGCGACGGCGAGCAGGUGGGGGGCAACACUCUGAUCAUCGAUCGGUCCAUCACGGACUGGACCCACGCCGCGGGCCGCUACUACGACAACCUGACGUUCCCGGACGCGCCGUCGACCGACGAAAACGGCUGCGGGACGGGCGCCCAGGUCAUCUACUGGAAGGUGGACCAGCCCGACCCGACCUGCCGCGUCAUCCUGAUGAAGGACAGCUCUAUGCAGUGGGAGGUCAUGACGGACCUGCCGGGCAUCAUGAUGAUACGCGCGGAGAACGAAGGCUGCUAUUAUGGGCCGGUCGAACCCAACGGAAACUUGAUCACGAGCUUCUGCUGCGGCGUCGACGACUGUAAGCGCUUCGAGAUCGAGACGCAGGCGCCGUCCCAGGAGCCUGAUGAUGUCCCCGAGCCGCCCCAGUGCACUAUCAUCAGUCGGAGCUCAUCCCCUAGCAGGGAAGCCGGCCGCCAGCAGGCCGUGACGAAGCCGCAGUUCUGCGGCACCGGCACCUGCACCCACACGGUGCUGGAAAGCGUCGCGGCCGGCACUGCGCUCGCCUUCACUCAAAGCCACGAGUGGUCCCGCGAAACUGGCGGAUCGCUCUCGGUCAAGUCGGGCAUCAACUUCAUCACCGAGGCGGACGUAUCGGCGUCCUUCACCUUCAACAUAGGGAACUCGUGGAUGGAAGCGACCGAGACGAGCCAGUCGAUGGGCAACACUUCGGGUACCUGGGAGGCCGGGACGCAGGUCGCCGGGUCGACCGCCUUCUACGCCUUCACGCCCUCGUACCAGUGCUGGAGUGGCGACGUCGUUUGCGGCAAGGACAGCGACGGUAACGACAUCAUCAUCAACGACUCCUACUUCUGCCAACCCGAGCUCCUUCCCUCCAACUUCAGCUCCGGCAUCCUGUCCAUGGUCUACAUUAGUAUUUGA